CUUCUUUCUUUGGAUGUUCUGAAACACGACAGCCAAUCAGCAGACACGUUGUUGAAAUGUGAAGAAAUGUUAGCAAGUCAGUUAAAAGACAUGUCUCUGAAUCGCGGAGUCGGCAACCAAGAGUACAUGAAAAAGAAGAUUCCAAAAAAUGCCAAGUAUGACUACGUCAAAACAAAGCUGGACACAGGAUGCAGCAUGACAAAAUACAUGGAACGACUGGAGGAAAUCAGAAAAAGAGCAGAUGGAAAAGCUUAUUAUCGUUAUCGAAAAGAUGAAAUCUUCAAAAGAAUAAAACUCACAACACUUGCACAGCUGGUGCUACAGGUAGCCUCUGUAGCCGACUCCAAUGGAAGUGAGAUUGAUGAUGGGUCACAAGAUCCUGAAGACAGCCUGUUUGCAGGGUCUGAUGCAGACCUAGAGAGUCACACUGACAUCUCCCCUCAGGCCUCAUCCCCAUCAGGAGAAUCCAAUCAUUCCUGCCACACUGCCAGGUCAACGCUUCUAAGUGUCAUCAGCGGCAUUGGUGAGCUGAACGUGGACAAUAAUGACCACAGAGUAGAAGACCACCUGCUGCCUGACGCUGUGUGUGCUGACAGGCCCUACCCCGACUGCCCCUACCUGCUGCUGGACGUGCGGGAGCGCGAGCAGUACGACCUCUGUCACAUCAUCAGCGCCCACAGCUUCCCCAUCGGCAUGCUGUCGCGGACGAUGAAUCCCUACACCAAAGAAGUGCUGGAAUACAAAAAUGCUCCAGGGAAGAUCAUCAUUGUGUACGAUGAAGAUGAGAGGAUAGCCAGCCAGGCUGCUACGGCCAUGUGUGAGCGAGGGUUCGAAAACCUCUUCAUGCUCUGUGGAGGUCUAAAGGUAAUCGCACAAAAGUUUCCUAGAGGGAUGACAACAGGCUGCAUCCCAGCCUCAUGCCUUUCACCCCAUAAUGCAUCGUCGAAAGGGAGAAAAAGCUCGGGGCUGCAGCAGCCAGCAGACCAGAGGUGGACGUUUACACCAGAAGAGCUGGCAGAGAUCCAGGAUCAGCUGGAAGAGGUUCUACUUCCCACCAACACAAACAGUGGCCUGUCCAGCCGCCUGUCCUCUGGGAGUGGCCAUUCCAAAGGCUCCAGUCGUGUCUGCUCCUCCACAGCCAGGGGGGGCAACUCCAGGGUUCAAAGCAGCAGGCCCUGGAAAUAGUUUCAAUAGUUGUGUGCUGCAGUUCACAAUAUGUUGUCAAAGAAAAAAAACUCUAAUUCUAAGUGUGGUUUCAUUUAGACUGUAGUGACGGGAAAACUUUGACAGAUUUCUUGCACUUGCCUCCCUCCAAACGUGAAAAAUUCCACACAAUUACAGUUACAACCAGUAUCUACUUUCCAUUCAGUUCAAUGGGCAGCUAAACCAUGUAGUGAGUGGUGUUUGAUGAUGCAUUUCCAAUAAAAAGUGUGUUUUUUUGACUUUUUGCACAGCACAUUUGUGAAUCUUGGACACAUGUAUAUUUCUCGUUUGCAUAUGGAUGAGUAAUGAAUUGACAUUUUUGCUUGUGUUUCACUUCUAUGUUGCUGUUUUCUCAUGUCACACUGAGGCUGGACCUGAUGGUGUCAACAGGUUUAGGGGAACAUGAAUAUUCAUUUCACAGCUGAGCAGGACCUCAUGUAUUGCCUCUGUGAAACUCCUUAAACCUUGUUUUCCGGUUGAUGUUUCUGUAAAUGAAGUCUUCUCUGCCACUGUCCGUACGGGGAAAGGAUUCUGGAGCAAUCCGCAGUCCUGUUUUCACCUUUUCCCCGAACAUUAGGGAAAUGUCAAAACUGAUUAGUCUCUGAAGUGCAAUGUGUGAGAAUAUAAAGUUUGUUUUGAAAGAAUGCGUGCGCAGCAUCAGUCUAAACUUGCAUUAUUUUGUUUUGAAAUAAUGUCUCAACAGUGCUAACAUUGCAUUAGAGUAUGUAAUUGUUUAAAUAAAAGGGAAACGUUCUUUAA